AUGUUCAGGGUGAAUGAUCCAGUGGCUUUGAAGCUACUUGGCAAGGCAGGAGAGAUGACCACUCUGGAGGCUCCUGAGGAUGAGAGCAUUAAAACUCUUUAUGUUGGUGGACUUGAUGCCAGGGUCACUGAGCAGGACUUGCGGGAUCACUUCUAUGCCCAUGGAGAAAUUGAAUCCAUCAAAAUGGUUCUCCAACGGGCUUGUGCUUUUGUCACAUACACAACCAGAGAAGGUGCAGAAAAGGCAGCAGAAGAACUUUCCAACAAACUGGUUAUUAAGGGCCUAAGGCUAAAGCUGAUGUGGGGCAGGCCUCAGACAUCGAAACCUGAAUCAGAUGGCUCUGAUCAAGCAAGGCAGCAGGCCUCCGUUGCUCACAGUGGAUUGUUACCUCGGGCAGUUAUAUCUCAGCAGCAGAACCAGGACCAAACCCAAGGAAUGCUUUACUACAACAAUCCACCACCUCUUCAGCAGGAAAGAAGCUACUACCCAUCAAUGGAUCCUCAAAGAAUGGGAGCUCUUAUUCCAUCACAGGAUGGUCCUCCUAGUGGGCCUUCUGGGCCUGGGGAGAACAAGCCCAGUUUGGAGAAGCAGCAAAUGCAACAUUAUCCUCGUCCAAUGAUGCCCCCUCCACCUGGCCAAUAUCAUCGUCAGUAUUAUCCUCCUCCAUAUGGUUAUAUGCCACCAGCUCCUCCUUAUCAUCAGUACCCACCUCCUGCAUACAAUUCUGCAGGGCCUCCAUCCCAACCUCCACCCUCAAAUCAUCCUUAUCAGCAGCCAGGGUCUUCACAGACAGGAACUGGACAAGCUGCAGCUGCCCCAGCUGAAACUGGAACAUCAACAUCAGGGUCACAGCAGCAAUGA